ACCGGUUAUCCAAAUCCAACUCGGCGGCUGCCGCCUGCCGCAGCCGCAGCAGCACCACCGUCGACGACUCUGACCUCUCCCUUUCAGAUUCCCCUUCCACGUCACCUCCUCACGGCAUCAACUCCCCUCUUCUUCGUCUCCUACAAGUAGCCAGACACCACUCCCACUUCGCCGGCGAUCGCUGAGAGCGACGAGGCGCAGCAUACGGCAUACGGGCACGGCGAGCCAUGGCGACCAGCUCCAAACCCGCCGCGCCCGUGGACCCCAAGUUCGUGCUGGCCCACAAGUUCCCCGAGGUGUCCUUCGACUACGACGAGAGGGAUGUAGCGCUGUACGCGCUCGGGGUUGGCGCCUGCGGCGAUGACGCCGUCGACGAGAAGGAGCUCCACUUCGUGUACCACAGGGACGGGCAGCCAAACAUCAAGGUCCUUCCUACUUUUGUUUCUUUAUUUCCCAACAAGAACAGCAAUGGGCUUGGAUUUGUUGAUGUGCCUGGCCUUAACUUUGAUGCAAGCCUUCUACUGCAUGGUCAACAAUACAUAGAGAUCUAUAGACCAAUCCCUUCAUAUGCCAGUGUUGUAAACAGGGUUAAAGUAGCUGGUUUGCACGACAAAGGGAAAGCAACUGUUCUUGAGCUCGAAACUACCACAAGCCUCAAAGAGUCUGGAGAAAUUUUAUGCAUGAACAGGAGUACUAUCUACUUGCGUGGUGCUGGAGGGUUUUCAGACUCUUCGCGACCAUACUCAUAUGCUACUUAUCCUGCUAAUCAAGUUUCUCGCAUUUCUAUUCCCAAUUCGGCACCUUCUGCAGUAUAUGAUGACCAAGCAAAGCAAUCCCAGGCAUUAUUAUACAGGCUAUCUGGGGAUUACAAUCCUUUGCAUUCAGACCCUGAUAUUGCACAGCUUGCUGGGUUCACUCGUCCAAUCCUGCACGGUCUCUGCACCCUAGGAUUCGCUGCUCGGGCUGUCAUAAAAUCUUUCUGCAACGGUGAACCGACGGCAGUGAAGAGCAUCUUCGGCCGGUUCCUUCUGCACGUCUACCCCGGGGAAACGUUAUCCACUGAAAUGUGGCUUGACGGCCAGAAGGUGCACUACCAAACGAAGGUCAAGGAGCGGAACCGUGCCGUGCUCUCUGGAUAUGUGUUGCUCCAACACAUCCCGUCAUCAUUGUAAGUAAAAAGAAAUUGUUUCUUAUUUGGUGCCCGCUGAAAAAAGCAAUUGGCUGCGAUGGAUUGAGAGUUGCUUCACGACGUGGGCUGCCACUGUAAUGAUAGCCAGAAGUCAUGUACAGGUCUGCACAUAACACAUUCGUACUGUACUUGAUAAAAAGUACGCACCACUUAAAUACGCAGAUCUGAACGCAUUGAUGUUGUUUUGUUCGUUUUGGCGAGGUAA